UUUCACCGGACGGGCAAAGCCCCGUGCUGGCACAGGAACCCUGGCACAGGCCUGAGGAGCCCCGGGCCGAAGCCUCCUUCCCCCGCAGCUCCCGCACCUCCCGGCCGGGGCCAAAGGGCUCCUGCGGGAACAUCCCCAGGGUGCGAGCCCCGAGGACGGGAGAGCCGCAGUCCUGCUCUAGCAGAGACAGGAACAUCAAGCGCUAAAGGGAAAGCGAAACUGAGCGAGCGUUUCUCAGAAAUGACGCAGAAUUUCUCGAAAAUAUCCUGACCCGCCCCUGCGCUCCCUAUCGGGACUUUUCCGGCCACUCUUGUCUCCUUGGAACACAACAGACUCAGAAGAGGUUGGUGGAGCGGGGAGCUGCGGUCCCGCGAACUAGGUAUAGGAAGACUCAAUCAGCUCUCGCUCCCUCUCCAGCCCACCAUGGGUGGAGGUACAGUCACCGUUGCAAUCGUCACUGUACUCCUCAUUGGAUCUGCAGUUGUAGCAGCAGCAGCAAAGGAUCGCGAUGAUGGGAAUAAUGGGAGUGGUUUUGGAGCUGCCAUUGGAGCCGCAUUGGGAGCAGGAGUGGCUCUGGUUGGCCUCCCAGUGGCUAUCGGCGCGCUGGGGUUCACAGGAGCCGGCAUCGCCGCUGGCUCCAUCGCUGCCAAGAUGAUGUCGGCCGCUGCCAUCGCCAACGGAGGUGGAGUGGCUGCUGGCAGCACCGUGGCUGUGCUGCAGUCGGUCGGAGCUGCAGGUUUAUCUCUUGGUGCCAAAAUUGGGCUUACAACUGCCCUGGGCUUAGCUGGUGCAGCAAGCGGCGAAUGCGUGUCUGAGUGAAAGAAACCUCCAGGUGACAAAGCUAAAAAAGGACAAAAAUCCAAGUGACAAACCCAAGAAAAAGUAACUAGAUGAGAAACAUGAAGAGGAAACAACUCCAGGCAAGGAAGCCAAGAGAAGCCAAGCAGUUGCGAUGCACAAUGGCACAAUGGCACAAAGCCCCACAGACCCCUCAGCGUUUUGCCUUCCCUUAUAAAAGCUUUGGAUUCUCUUGUUCAGGAGUGCCCUGAAGCCAAUAAAGCCACUUUGCCUGCAGCA